UGUGCCAUUAGUUGCCGCACCCCUCCGCCAACCCUCAUGAUUGCGGCGGCUACUAGAGGCGGGCUCAGCGGCCCCCGAAUCGUGCUGUCCCUCGCCGUCCUCGCCCUCGCCAUUCCCUUCGUCUCCCGUUCCCGUGCCCCUACGGUUCCGGACAUGGCCGACGAGCUUCCCGCCUCCAUCUACGACAUCGCCGUCAAGGAUAUUCGGGGCAAUGACGUUAAACUGAGUGAGUAUGCUGGAAAGGUUCUUCUUAUUGUUAAUGUUGCAUCGCAAUGUGGAUUGACUAAUUCAAAUUACAAAGAGCUGAAUGUCUUGUAUGACAAGUACCGAACAAAAGGCCUUGAGAUACUUGCAUUUCCAUGCAACCAAUUUGCUGGUCAAGAGCCUGGCAGCAAUGAAGAUAUUCAGGAGACAGUUUGUACUAGGUUCAAAGCAGAGUUUCCUAUUUUUGAUAAGAUUAAUGUGAAUGGUAAGGAUGCCGGGCCAUUGUUCAAGUACUUGAAAUCACAGAAAGGAGGCUUCCUUGGAGAUGGAAUUAAAUGGAACUUCACCAAAUUUCUUGUUGAUAAAGAUGGCAAGGUUGUUGAGCGAUAUGCUCCUACGACUUCUCCUUUGAAGUUAGAGAAUGACAUCCUGAAGCUUCUUGGCAUCGCAUCAUGAUUUGUUUACAUGAAUCACGUGCUCAGGUUAAGUAUGUCAAUCUCCUGAGAUGUAUCAUUGAAAAUAAGGGGCUCGUACUGUGUUUCUGCAGUUGAAAUUAUGAUGGUCUAGUGUGAAGUAACUUUGUUCGAUGCAUAAACUGCUAUUUGUACAUAGUACCUUGUUAUGGAUUAUAUAUGAAGGUUACUAAAGACAUGAACUCUUCAUGAAAAUGCCACUUUCUAGUCUUUGUGAUGUUUGGUCA